AUGGACAAGCACACUUCGGCGAGAAAAAGGCGGAGACUUACUGUGGUCUGCACUAAUUGCAAAAGGCGUAAGAGUAAGUGUGAUAGAUUAAAGCCGGUGUGCGGAAAUUGCCUGAGACUAGGAGAUCAAUCAACAUGUCUGUAUGUUUCAAAUCCUAUCUCUCCACAGACAAGUACACCCCCUCUAAUAUCUCAAUGCUUUGAGGAAUAUCACGAGGAACCGCCCACACUCAUUAAUUUAGUCCCAUAUGGUCACAACAUAAACGCCAAAAGGUCAGCAACAACUUACAUUGCUCCCUUGACUACCGCUGCGAUUAGACAAAGGGAUCCCUACCUGCAAAUCUUAGAUUUUGUAUCAGGAGUUCCACGAAAGCGAGCAAUUAUCAAAUCAUCUGCAAAAGAGGAAGAUUCGCAGAAGGAAUCGCUACCUACAUCCAUGCGAAUAAUCAAGAAAUUAGAUAAGCUCACUGCAACUAAGCAACUGGAUCCCGCAACUUCAAGUUUUAUUCAAAAACAUGAGUCGAUGUACAGAAGUUUAUUCGACAAGUUCGCACAAUGUCGUCGUAAUCACUCCUGGGAAGUGGAUGAGAAAUUGCUCCCUGGUCCUCAUUUUCCAAAGAAAGAUGUUUUUCUCAGAUAUGUUUGGCCGCAUUUCGAAAUCCAUAUUUCAAAGCUACUCCCAAUCUUUAACAAUGACGUUCUUCGGUUUGAGAUCGAACAGCUGUACAAAAGUUGGGAGGAGAGCCAAAAAUUAAAUGUGAAGCACAAUGACUAUACUGUUUACAGUAUCGUUUUAUUGAUCACUAGUAUUUCUCAAUUGUCUGUGAAAUUUGCACAUAGGCGUGGGAAAACUGCACCAUCGAAACCAGAAACAAUAAUUCUUGAAAUUAAUACCCAGAAAUAUAUUGCGAUUGUGAAUCAUUUCAUUCUUCAAUGCAAAAUAUUUCGUAAAAUAACUGUUCUUCAGUUACAGUGUUUAUUAUUGCUCCGAGUAUAUCAUUGGUGCGCCCCGGAUGAUGGGGAUGGUGAAUUGCUGCAGCAAAGCAUAGUCCUCAUGGGCACCAUAAUUGGUGGCUGUCGGGAUACGGGGGUUGGCUGGCUGUGUUUCAAAGAUCCUUCGCAUUUCACUGCUGAAGUACAUCCUGGUAGCAGGCCUUCAAUAGACCAAAUGGGUACAGAUGGGUAUAUUGAUAUUUACAGGAGGAUAUGGAGCUUCGUUCUACACUGGGACCGUAAAUUGAGUAUACUUACCGGCCAAGAAUGUUUUAUUGGCAAAACUAUCAAGUUCCAAAACAUUGACACAGAUAGUUGGCACAUGAAAUUGAUGGUAGUAGAUCAUCUCAUGUUUAAGAUAGCGAAUUCAAUUAGCGAUUCACCGCAUCAAGUUGAUUUGGAGAAAACGACAAAACUUUUCGAAGAUCUUAGUCGAUCAGUUAAAGAUAUACUGCACAAAGACGAAACCGAUUACCACUUUUAUUUUGAAACGUACAUUGUGCUGACUGUUUCUGAGAUAUCUGUUUAUCACGCGUAUUUGGUUCAAUGUGAAACCACUGGUAAUGUAGAGGACUUUCAGGACUGUAUCCAAUAUCUCUUCGAAAAGAUUUUGAAGUUAUCCAAGCUAUGCUAUGAAUAUCUCGAAGGGGAUCCAGAGUUAGAUCCCUAUACUAAUUUUUACACAAACAAAAUCGUGGACGUUGCUCUUACGAACCUGUGUCAAAUCCUUCCUGCCAUUAUCAUUAGGUGUGGCCGCGCAACUGAUAAGCGUACCAAGUCUAUUCUGCUGAAGUUUUAUUACAAUCUUUCAUCGAUGUACUUUAAUGAGCUGGGCGUAAACUACUAUCAGGUCUUUAGAAGAAUGUUUUCUACAAAAUUGACGUAUACAACUCUGGCAGUAUCCAAUCAAGACGAUUCAUGGAAACCAAUUUUGGAAUUUUUGCAAAGCCCGCACUUUGUGGCCGAGAAAUCUUCAUGCGUUAAAAGACCCCUCUUAGAUCAAUUCUUAGAAGCUUACAAAAGCAAUGACGAUGACAAAGACGUGGUUAAGCUGUGGACAGAUAUUUACAGCGGUGGUUCUAAUUUGAGUUUUGAUUUAGAUCUUGAAAGCCACGAGAAUGAUUUGCGGCUUUUCAUGGAAAAUCAAUAUUCGGACUAUAAUGUUUUUGCAGCUUUCUGCCAUAAAGUUUCGACGAAGUUCAUCGAACAUGCUAAAGAGAAUCCUAGUGUGAUCACCGAGGAUGAAUCCUUAUUAGGUGGUUUGCCUAAUGUGGACCUCAAUAUUUUAAGUGAUUUUAAUGGCAUGGGCGAUUUCGCUGAGUUUCUGACAUUUUUUGAAGAGAAUGAAACACCGAACCAACCUUCUAAAGCAGAAAUAGUAGAUGGUCUUUUAAAUGAUUCAAUAUAA